GUUUGUGCUGUCUAAACAAACGCAAAGUCGGACGGUUGUCAGAAUACUGGUGUAAAUCAACUUACGACGAGCCAAAAAUGAAGCUGCAGGUAGUGUUCGGGCUCAUCCUGAUCUGUUACAAUGCAAGGGCAAUGAGAAUAAACGCAGAGCCGUUUGAAAAUUCGUUGAUACAAGAUGCUCUCGAGAAGUUAAAAGAUACUAUGAAGACAGGAAGUGAGAAACUUGGAAUUCCGAUUCUUGAUCCAUUCAAAGCGGACCAGCUUGCGAUUAAUGUUAAUGAGGACGAAAUAAAAUUGAAUGCGAAUUUGAGCAUGUGCAAUGCAAACGGUUUAUCUGGAUUUGAUGUCAUCAAUGGGGAUUUAAACAUGUCCGAAGACAUUGUAAUAUCGCUUCAUCUUUCGUGGCCAUUAGUCACCGCGAAUACUAAAUACGACAUGAAAGGCAAAAUCGACAAUUUUGAACUUUUCGGCAAUGGUGACAUAAAACUGUCUGUGCAAAAUUUCGUUCUCAACACGACAGUUACUUUCUUAUGGGACGGUAGUUUGACCUCAUACUUGAAAAUAAAGAACAUAAAUUUGGAGCUUUCUUUACAGAAGCUAGAUUUUCAAGCGACAGGCCUCUUUAAGGACGAAGAAACAUCUGCAAUAUUGAGUGCUCUGAUUUCCGAUAUAGCACCUGAGUUAAUAGGCAGUGAAAUGGUUACAAGCAAGAUUGUUGAACUUGUCACAAAGAAGGCCGAUGAUUUUUUGGCCACUAAGACACUUUUAGAAAUAAUAGAAAUGCUCCUUUAACAAACUUUUCGUCGUAUUGACGGUGCCAUCGCUUAAUUAAUCAUUUUGUACAGUUACGAUUCUAAUCGAUAAAACGAUAUGAACAGAUUGGCUAUGAAAGAUUUGGAAUAUGUCCAUAAAAUGAUUAUGUUCUAAGAGAAAACAAAUGCAAUUAAUAAUUUAAAAAAUUAAUGUUUUUUUAAACA